CAAUCAGAGACUGGAUGCUUCCUCUCUUCAUACUUUUAAAGGUACGUCUGUUCACUUCCAACUGAUUACUCGUCAGCAGCUCGGACGAGAGUUAACGUUAACGUUACCUUUCAAAAAUACUAUAACCAUGGCUGGGAAAGUUGUGCUGCACUACUUCAAUGGGAGAGGGAAAAUGGAGUCAAUUCGUUGGCUUUUGACAGUUGCCGAGGUCGAGUUUGAUGAGAUCUAUUUGACAACUCGUGAGCAGUAUGAAAAACUCCUGAGUGAUGGAGCUCUCAUGUUUCAACAGGUUCCUAUGGUGGAAAUCGAUGGCAUGAAGCUUGUUCAGACCAAAGCCAUCUUGAAAUACAUCGCAGAGAAGUACAAUCUUCAUGGAAAAGAUCUCAAAGACCGUGUCAUGAUCGACAUGUACUCUGAGGGGAUAUUUGACCUCAUGGAAAUGAUAAUGAUAUUGCCCUUCCAAGCAGAUCCAAAACUGGAAGCCAUUAAAAGUAAAGCAAAGGACCGCUACCUUCCUGUGUUUGAAAAGGCGCUGUCUGGGCCCAUAUACCUGGUGGGAGGUAAGCUAAGCUGUGCAGACGUGCAACUGCUUGAAUGCACCCUGAUGUUGGAGGAGAAAUUUCCUGAAAUCCUUGCCGAGUUUCCCAACGUCAAGGCUUUCCAGGGUAGGAUGACCCAGAUUCCUGCCAUCAACAGGUUCCUGCUGCCAGGCAGCAAGAGAAAGCCACAGCCAGAUGAAACCUAUGUGAAGACCAUCAUGGAGGUGUUCAAAAUCAAAAUUCCACUGUUAUAAACUGAUCCCUACAUUCCUCACAUGGGAAGUGGGAGUUAUUCAU